CAGAGUAUAAAAAGCUUCUCCACAGUGAUACAACUUGUCCAAGAAGGAGAAACAAUCCUGAACUCUCCUGAAAACAGGCACAUCAACCGAUGAGGCCAAGCUAAAGGCUCUCUGCUCCACAGAAACUACUGAAGGCUAGUCCACUCCUAGACUUCCUCUUGUUGUCUGUUCCUCUGUCUAUCGACUCACUCCCUCUCCAGACUGCUCCGCCAUGCCUCCUCAGCUUCAGUCCCAGAACCAGAGCGGUCCCAGGAUCCUGCAGGGCGAUCUCAGUGCCCUCAGUCCAGCCGUCAAGGAGUUCGUGGAAGCCAAUGUGACUUUGUGUCAGCCCGACUCCCUUCACAUCUGCGAUGGCUCAGACGAGGAGAACCGAGCCAUCCUGACUCAGCUGGAGGAGCAGGGGAUGAUCAAGAAGCUCAGAAAAUAUGAGAACUGCUGGUUGGCCAGAACCGACCCGAGGGACGUGGCUCGUGUGGAGAGUAAGACUGUGAUUGUGACUCGGGAUCAGAGGGACACGGUGCCCACGCCUCUGGGCGGCGGAGUCAGCCAGCUGGGUCGCUGGAUGUCACCGGAAGAGUUCGACAAAGCCAUGGCUCAGCGAUUCCCCGGCUGCAUGAAAGGUCGGACUAUGUAUGUGAUUCCCUUCAGCAUGGGCCCAGUAGGUUCCCCCCUCUCUAAGAUCGGAGUGGAGCUGACUGACUCUCCCUACGUGGUGGCCAGUAUGAGGGUGAUGACCCGUAUGGGAAAGGCUGUGCUGUCUGCUCUGGGGAACGGCGAGUUUGUUCGCUGUCUGCACUCCGUCGGCUGUCCUCUGCCGCUCAAAAAGCCCUUGGUGAACAAUUGGCCCUGUAACCCUGAACAGACGUUAAUUGCCCACAUCCCAGACCGCAGACAGAUUAUCUCAUUCGGUAGUGGCUAUGGAGGAAACUCCCUGCUGGGGAAGAAGUGCUUUGCUCUGCGCAUUGCCUCACGUAUCGCCAAGGAGGAGGGCUGGCUGGCAGAGCACAUGCUGAUCCUGGGUGUCACCAACCCUGCUGGUGAGAAGAAGUACAUGGCAGCUGCCUUUCCCAGCGCCUGCGGGAAGACGAAUCUGGCCAUGCUUUGCCCCACGCUACCGGGCUGGAAGGUUGAGUGCGUGGGGGAUGACAUUGCCUGGAUGAAGUUUGACGACCAAGGCAACCUUCGUGCCAUCAACCCGGAGAAUGGCUUCUUUGGAGUUGCUCCUGGAACCUCAGCCAAAACCAACCCCAAUGCCAUGCAGACCAUCAUCAAAAACACUAUUUUCACCAAUGUUGCUGAGACCAGUGAUGGUGGUGUGUUCUGGGAAGGAAUGGACCAGUCACUGCCUGAGGGAGUUAACAUCACUUCCUGGAAGAACAAGCCCUGGAGCUCAGAAGAUGGUGAACCCUGUGCUCACCCCAAUUCUCGUUUCUGCACUCCGGCUGGUCAGUGUCCCAUCAUUGACCCACAGUGGGAAUCCCCAGAGGGAGUCCCCAUUGAGGCCAUCAUCUUUGGAGGGCGCAGGCCAGAAGGUGUGCCUCUGGUAUACGAGGCUUUCAGCUGGCAGCAUGGAGUGUUUGUUGGAGCAGCCAUGAGGUCAGAGGCCACUGCUGCAGCUGAACACAAAGGCAAGGUGAUCAUGCACGACCCCUUUGCCAUGCGGCCCUUCUUCGGCUACAACUUUGGACAGUACCUCUCCCACUGGCUGAGCAUGGCUGACCGCCCUGGCGCAAAGCUGCCCAAGAUCUUUCAUGUCAACUGGUUCCGCAAGAGCCCCACUGCUGGAUUCCUCUGGCCCGGUUUUGGCGACAACAUACGCGUGCUGGACUGGAUGUUCAGGCGAGUAAAUGGCGAGGCUGGUGCCAUGCCCUCCGCUGUGGGCUACCUGCCCUGCAGCAACUCCCUGAACCUGCAGGGCCUGCAGGAGGACGUGGACCUCAAUGAGCUGUUCUCCCUGGAUCAGGUGUUCUGGCAGGGGGAGGUGGAGGAGAUGAAGAAGUAUUUCACCACGCAGGUGAAUGAUGACCUGCCCAACGAGGUGGCCAGGCAGCUGGAGCUCCUGCAGCAGAGAGUGAAUCAGAUGUAAAGGGGCAAAAAGAGGAGGGAAAGGAAUGAGCAGCAGGGUAACAAUUCUGUGGUGUUGGUGAUCCUAGAUCAGCUUGUCUGAAUUUUAGUAAUUCUAGAACAACAUAUCAGAACUUCAGAACAGAAAUUUAGUAAUUCUGUGACCACAUGUUGGAAAUUCAAGAACAGAAUGUUUGUAUUUCUAGAAUAUCUCGUAAUGUUUGUACUGAGGAACGAUUGUUAUACUGUUAUUUGUAUUUUAAAAAACCUCUGACUCGGAUGGGGCCUUGCAACUUCACAGACAGAGGAACAAAUCUUGUAUGACAAUUAUUUUUACUGCUCCACAUUUUUGAUUCCUUUUCUUUCUUUUUCCUGCCCUUUUUGCAGAUCAAUUUUCUGAAAUUGUUUCUGUUAAAGUGUAGCUGGGGAUGUUGGCAUUAAUUAUAUGAACAUUCCUCACUGUGCUCAUCGUAAAUAUGACAGCCAGAUGAACAAGACUGCUGAUUUAUAGCAUAUCUGUGUUUUUAAACUGUUUUCACAAUGCAAUGUCCUGCUGUGUGUCUAAACUCUUCUAUUUAAUAAUAACUUAUUAUAAAUGCAUAUCACAUCACCAUUGCCAUAUAGAUUUGUAUGGCUCAGAAAGAGUAAAUGAGUCCGGGUUAACUCAGCUCCAAGUUUUGUUUGACCCCCUAAACAUGGGGCAGAAUGUUGUUUCUUUGUUCUUAUUGUCAUUUUUUUGCCUUAAUUUAUUUUUGUACACUGUCAUCUCUUCUGUUUUGUUGUAAUCCUGAACCUCCAAAGACGGGAGGCCACAAUAAAAAUAUUUCAAGUAGUGA